CUUCGCCUUCGCUUUUUAAUUUUUAUUAUUGAGAAUCGGAAUAGACGGCGGAAGAAAGGAAGGGUGAUUAUUGCAAGUAUCAGAGACCGAGGAGACGAAGCACGGGAGCAGGCUGGCAGAGGAGGAAGAAGAAAAAGGAGAAAGCGACUGAGGUUUUCCUUGGAAAGUGGAAACAAACGCUGCGAAUCCCUAGGGUUUCUUCGUCCUUGCAUCUCUCCCAAACUGGUUGCUGUUGCUGCUUGGAUUUCUCGUUAUCAGCUAUGGCUUUUUGGGGAGUUGAAGUGAAACCUGGGAGGCCCUUCACUCAUACGUCUGAUGGUGGGAAUAGAAGGCUACACGUUUCGCAGGCCUCUUUGGGGAACGGUACUGCUACCAAUAAGAGCAUACUUCAGUGUAAUGUUGGAAACAAGAGUCCUAUCUGUCUGUGUACAUUGUUCCCCAAUAACUCUGAGGUGUGCCAAAUACAUGUUGAGUAUCAGGAGACCGACGAUGUUGUGUUCUCUGUUAUUGGUCCUCGUAGUGUUCACCUUAGUGGUUACUAUAAGGACUAUGAUGGGAAUCACAAGGCUGGUGAUGACUCGUAUCCUUUUUACUGCCCCAUUUUGCUUCCUUGCUAUUCCAGUUUCCUUUUAUUGUUUUGUUCCUCUUGGCUGCAUCUUUUUUACUCUUCCUUCCCUCACCUGGCUUGCCUCAACUCUGGUGAUUGCUGGGCACUUGUUUGUUUCUCCUUUCGUUUCUGUUUUGUAAUCGAUUUCCUUAUGCUUAAUUUAAUUGCUUCACCAUUAUAAAGAAAUCAUUGACAUACAAACCAUAAGGUAGCUGCACAUAUUAUAUCUUGUCGAUUAUGUGAAAGAAUGAUUCUUUCUGUUUGCUUAGACUUCUCAUGUUUUGCCUCCUUUAACUUUGUGUUUGGCUUAGUUCUACAAUACUUAAGCUAGUUAAUGAGCCAAAUCAAAGUCCCUCUUAUUUUCUCAAUUUGUGAAGUAGACUCUUCAUAAUAGACUUGGAAGUUGGCUUGUUUGUUCUUUACUUUUGGCUCUUAGAGUUUCUUAUGGUGAAGAUAUUGGAGAUUCAGAUACAGACAGGUCUGUCCAUGACAGUGAAGAAGAUGGCCAGGAGAAUAGUUUUAUCAAUGAUGGUGAUCCAGGAACCAUGUCUGCUUCUCUUGUUUCUGGUGAUGGAGUCGAAGAGGUAAAUGCAAAGCCUGUGAACCAGAAGUGCCGCUAUAAACGUCUAAGGAAGACAUACAAGUUAACUGACUCAGAUGAUGACAACUCUUCUGAUCAUCAGGCCAUGGGAUUUGGUUAUAAUGUUGAUGCUGGAGUGGGUAGCGAAGAAGAUGAUGCUUUGGUCCUUAUUUCAUCUCUACAUAAGAAGAAGCCUUCUGCCAGAGUUCAUAAUGAGACUGAUUUACCAUCAAAUAACUUGACUUUGGUGGAACAGCCAAGUGCCAUUGUAGAUGGUAAUCAGCAAAGGCACCGGGAUAAGCUCAAGAGCCAAAUGAAAGAUAAGGGUAAACAGAAGAACCUACCUGAAGCUGAUGGUCCAGAUGAUUUUUUCUCGGUAAGCAUCCUUAAGUGGCCAAAUCGUAAGGACAAUGAGAAAAAGAAUGGCAAGGUUGGUGAUCAUGUGUCUCUGUUGAAGGAAGUAGAUAAGGACACUGCAUAUUUUGGGUCUCCUCCCAAGCAGACCGAUCUUCAAAAAAGUGAAAAGAGAAAGAGAAAACGGAAAGUACUAGUCGACGAGUAUGCCUCUCAGGAAAAGUGUGACAAUAGCUUCUCUAUCAAAGAGGAUGGAGAGAAUCAUGGAUCGACACCCACUGUUUUGGAUAAUGAUUUUUCUUCACCGGCUGAGUAUGACAAAGACAAUUCUUCUUCCCUGAUAUCUAUCUGUUUGGCUGAUCAGGUUGUUGCUGAGACUGAUCAAGAGGGUAAGAAACGAAAGAAACGUAAAAUUGACAAGCUUGGCAAGGCCUUGAAUGCUGGAGUUUCUGUGCCAUCCAAGGCCGAAGAAAAUGUACAUGCUAACAUUGAGGAUGAUGCUGUUGAGAUCAAAUCAUCUCAGGAGUUGGGCAGUCAAUCUGUUGAUGAUACUGAAGAAGGAAAGGAAAAGAGAAGUAAUAGGCAGAAGCUAAGGAAGCGUUUGAAUGCUGAAACACCUGCUGCACCAAAGGGCGAGGACAAUCAACCUGCCAAAAUUGAGGAAGGUGUUGCUAAGACCAAGUUAUCUCAGGUCCAGACAUUUGCAGGGGGAUUACUUGUAGAGGAGCUAGAACCAGGGAAAACGGAAGGAAGAUUGGCUGCUCCAGGCAGGAAGAUCAGUGUAUCUUAUACUGGCAAGCGGAAGAAUACUGGAGAAGUUUUGAGUUCGAACAUUGAUGGGCGUCCACUGAAGUUUGUGCUAGGUGGGGAAGAGGUUACAGAGGCUUGGAAUGUUGGUCUGAAUGGUAUGCGGGUUGGUGAGUUGAGGCGGCUGACAUUCCCUGCUCCCUCAUGCACAAGAAGCAGCAGCACUAGGCAUGGAAAUGGGAGUGAAGGAGUAGAUGGCGGGGAGGUUAUUACAACCACAGUACCACCACUCCCACUAGAUUGUGAUGUUGAUGAUAAGAGCGAGGGAGCAGAGAAAUGGCUAGUGUACGACGUCAAGCUGCUUAAAGUCCGCAAGAAUUUAGAUUGAGGACAGCGAAGGUGAGGUUCCCACAAAUAUAUUUUGGUACAGGGUAGUACAGUGGGUCCUCUUUUUUGGGCUGUUCUUUUGGAUUAUAUUUUCCCCUACUUGUUUCCUUCUCUGAAGUCUGAACUGGGCAUAUAUGAAAAUCAAAAACUUAUUCCCCAUUUUAGGACAGCAGAGCUGAGGUUCCCACAAUUAUAUUUUGGUACGGUAUUGUACAGUGGGUCAUCUCUUUUUUGCGGUGUCUUUUUUGGAUUAUAUUUUUCUCUAAUUAGAUCCUUCUCUAAACUGGUUGUAUGAUAUCCAAAGUCCAAACCUACUUAUUCCCCAUUUGAGUACAGCGGAGCUGAGGUUCCCGCAAAUAUAUUUUGGUACAGUUCCUCUUUUCUGGGUGUCUUUUGGAUUAUAUUUUCCCCUAUUUAGAUGCUCCUCUGAACUGGUUGUUUGGAAUCUAAAACUAAUUAUUCCCCAUUUAAUUGCUACUAGGUGGUGAUGUUGCGUCUUGUUGUAGGACGGAGAUGGUCUAUGCGCAUGCAUUAUGUGACCCGUUAUGGUGUUUUAUUAGUAUUAUUAGUCUAAAAUUAUGUUUUUGUUUGCAG